UCUUAGCAACUCUCUUCUUCCUCCCUCCCCAUUCUCACGCUCUCUCCCUCCCUCAGACAACUCGCCCCCCCCCUCCGCCCCCUCCACGUAAUUCCGAAAGAGCAGAAGAAAGAGAAGGAGAACAAGAAAAGAAGAGCUAGUAACCCAGAGUCGGAGACCAGAAAAAAAAGCUGAAGAGAAGCGAAGGGGAGGAAAGAGAAACGAUGGACAGCCACAAAACGCAGCGAUUGCGGAAAUUUUCCAGCGCCAUUGGUUCGGCAGCGUGAGUCCUCCGGUCGGGCGUGAUUUCAGCACCGGGAGGGGGCUGGACAGCUCCUCGGGGGGACUCCUGGGCAACCCGCAGCCACAGCAAGAACUCCAUCAGCAGCCUCAACAACAGAAGCCGCCGAAAACCCUGCUUUGUAUCAGAGGCAAGGAUGGUCGCUGUUACUUUGUGAUGAGAUCGGGGAUGAAUUGCUCGCUUUAAAAAUGCUGCUUUGGAUUCUGUUGCUGGAGACGUCUCUUUGUUUUGCCGCUGGAAACGUUACAGGGGACGUUUGCAAAGAGAAGAUCUGUUCCUGCAAUGAGAUAGAAGGGGACCUACACGUAGACUGUGAAAAAAAGGGCUUUACGAGUCUUCAGCGUUUCACCGCCCCGACUUCCCAGUUUUACCAUCUAUUUCUGCAUGGCAAUUCCCUCACUCGACUUUUCCCUAAUGAGUUCGCUAACUUUUACAAUGCGGUUAGUUUGCACAUGGAAAAUAAUGGCUUGCAUGAAAUCGUUCCUGGGGCUUUUCUGGGGCUGCAGCUGGUGAAAAGGUUGCACAUCAAUAACAACAAGAUCAAAUCUUUUCGAAAGCAGACUUUCCUGGGGCUGGACGAUCUGGAAUACCUCCAGGCUGAUUUUAAUUUAUUACGGGAUAUAGACCCGGGGGCCUUCCAGGACUUGAACAAGCUGGAGGUACUCAUUUUAAACGACAAUCUCAUCAGCACCCUACCUGCCAAUGUGUUCCAAUAUGUGCCCAUCACUCACCUCGACCUCCGGGGAAACAGGCUGAAAACGCUGCCCUACGAGGAGGUCUUGGAGCAAAUCCCUGGCAUUGCCGAGAUCCUGCUAGAGGAUAACCCAUGGGACUGCACUUGUGAUCUGCUCUCCCUGAAAGAAUGGCUCGAAAACAUUCCCAAAAAUGCCCUGAUCGGCCGAGUAGUCUGCGAAGCCCCCACCAGACUGCAGGGCAAAGACCUCAAUGAAACCACUGAACAGGACUUGUGUCCUUUGAAAAACAGAGUGGAUUCUAGUCUCCCGGCUCCCCCUGCCCAAGAAGAGACCUUCGCUCCUGGCCCCCUGCCAACUCCUUUCAAGACAAAUGGGCAAGAAGAUCAUGCCACCCCAGGGUCGGCUCCAAACGGAGGUACAAAGAUCCCAGGCAACUGGCAGAUCAAAAUCAGACCCACGGCAGCGAUAGCUACCGGCAGCGCCAGAAACAAACCCCCAGCCAAUGGCUUGCCCUGCCCUGGGGGCUGCAGCUGCGACCACAUCCCAGGGUCGGGUUUAAAGAUGAACUGCAACAACCGGAACGUGAGCAGCUUGGCUGAUUUGAAGCCCAAGCUUUCCAACGUGCAGGAGCUUUUCCUGCGAGAUAACAAGAUCCACAGCAUCCGAAAAUCGCACUUUGUGGAUUACAAGAAUCUCAUUCUGUUGGAUCUGGGCAACAAUAACAUCGCCACCGUAGAGAACAACACUUUUAAGAAUCUUUUGGACCUCAGGUGGUUGUAUAUGGAUAGUAACUACCUUGACACGCUGUCCCGGGAGAAAUUCGCCGGGCUGCAAAACCUUGAGUACCUGAACGUGGAGUACAACGCCAUCCAGCUCAUCCUUCCUGGCACCUUCAAUGCCAUGCCCAAACUGAGGAUCCUCAUUCUCAACAACAACUUGCUGAGGUCCCUGCCCGUGGACGUGUUUGCUGGGGUCUCGCUCUCUAAACUCAGCCUGCACAACAAUUACUUCAUGUACCUUCCGGUGGCAGGGGUGCUGGACCAGUUAACCGCCAUCAUCCAGAUAGACCUGCACGGAAACCCUUGGGAGUGUUCCUGCACCAUUGUGCCUUUCAAGCAAUGGGCAGAACGCCUGGGUUCCGAAGUGCUGAUGAGCGACCUCAAGUGCGAGACGCCAGUGAACUUCUUUAGGAAGGAUUUCAUGCUCCUCUCCAAUGACGAGAUCUGCCCCCAGCUGUACGCGAGGAUCUCGCCCACGUUAACUUCGCACAGUAAAAACAGCACUGGGUUGGCGGAGACCGGGACACACUCCAACUCCUACUUAGACACCAGCAGGGUGUCCAUCUCCGUGUUGGUCCCGGGACUGCUGCUGGUGUUUGUCACCUCCGCCUUCACUGUGGUGGGCAUGCUCGUGUUUAUCCUGAGGAAUCGAAAGCGGUCUAAGAGAAGGGACGCCAACUCCUCGGCGUCCGAAAUUAAUUCCCUACAGACAGUCUGUGACUCUUCCUACUGGCACAAUGGGCCUUACAACGCAGAUGGGGCCCACAGGGUGUAUGACUGUGGCUCCCACUCGCUCUCAGACUAAGACCCCCCAACCCGGCUAAAGCAGAGGAGGGGGGAUGGAGAUGCCUCCACCCUCCCCCCACUCCGCCGGCAUCCCCGGGGGUCAGGGGAGCCCAGACCCAGGUCCAGCGCGCCCCAAGGCUUGAUGGACAUAAUAAAUAAAUAACUAUGAACUCGCUCAACUGAGAGGGUCUGACCUCUUAGCUCCCUCUGGAAACAAAGAGCAGACUGUGGCGAGCUGGGAGAGCCUGCCAAAUCGCUCUUUGCUGCAGCCCCUUUUGACAAAGCCCCGGCAGGGGCCCUGCUCGGAGACCAGACAGUGCCCUUCCCCUCGGGAGAGGGGCUGGUACCGUGGUCCUACACAUAUAUACAUAUACCCACAUCUAUAUAGAGAGAUAGGUAUCUAUUUUUCCCCUGUGGACUAGCCCGUGAGGAGGGGGGGCGCGAUGGCUCCCUGUUGGCUACGCAGGGAUGGGCAGUUGCACGAAGGCAUGAAUGUAUUGUAAAUAAGUUAACUCUGACUUCUGGCAGAAAACAAAAAGUGCUGCAUGGCUCGCAUGGAAUCCACGCGCUCCGGGGACGCUGCCCUCCCGCGACUGGGGACGCCGUCACGUUCACAGCACCCACCCUCUUACCUGAUAAAUCCCAUCGUAUCAAACUUUCUAUAAACAAAAUACAGUAUAAUCAGAAAGUGCCAUUUCGCCAUUAUUUGUGAUCGGUAGGCAGUUCAGAGCGUACGUUUACUGUGAAAAAAAAAAUGUAAAGGUUUUAUUUAGGACAUUUGCAUGGCUAGUCAUCAGUCCAUUUUAUGAGUUAAAAAUGUAUUUUGCUGAGCAAAGUUUUAUGGGUUGUUUUGGGCUCUUUUAUUUUGAUGGUGAUUUUUUUUUUGAGGGGGAAUAUUUUUCUAUACAUAUCCAAUAAUGCCUUCCAUCUGAAUGUAAAAUAAGUACCCAUGAUUUCUAUUAUAGUAUCAGUGUAAUUAUUAAGAAAAAAAGAUUUUGAGGCAGUUAAGCAUGACCAAUUAAUGUCACUCUAGUGCUUAGGCUGCGAUCCAAUGGUAGCAAUUCUGUGCUGGUGUAAAUCUUACUUAUAAAGUAGGAAAAAAGAACCGAGGAAGCACGUGGAACUUACUAAUUCUAUUCGAGGAUUUUAUAAUGGCAUAUUUUUUCAGUAUUAAAGUGAAAAUGUUUUCAA